AUGUUCUUCGUAGCAAGGCGACUUUCUUACGAGCUUUCCUUUUUAAGUCUGACCGGCAGGGGGACAUGCCCCAGGCUUCCCAGCAAUUAUAUGUGCUCCCGUGAUUUUAAUAGUAUUGCCAAACUUCCUUCUCCCUCGCCCAGCACAACCACCCGGCCAGCGACCAGCGUCUGCGAUCGACUCUGCCUGCUCUUUCUUGCUCCAGUCGCGGAACCUGCCUCCAAGGCUGCUAUUCCAUCAAAUCGUCCCUUCAGCACCGCCCUCGCUCUUCGGAUCAAGACUGCACCGAGCACAGUCUUCCCGCCCGCUUCUUGUGACCGGUCUCUCGAGCUGAUUUCUUCUUCUCUCGCCACCACCCCUGCACCCGGAGCAGAUCUUGUCGUAAGAGGGUUUUUCUUGCCUCUGGAUUCUUCUGCCUUGACCGGCCAGUCGGAGGGGCCUCCCGUGCCUCGUGCCAGCUUCACUGGCUCCCAGGCAGUGCGGGCUCCCCGGUCGGCGCUGCAGGCCAGUAGCUGCUGGCAGCGUCGUGUCGAGCAGGCACCGCAGCCCCUCCUUCCUCAUCAACCUUGCCCGCUGCCAUCCGAUCUGCCCCUCCCUCCCCGCUCUGCUGACCCCCUCUCGGGCGUGCCCGACCCUUCCCAUCUCGUGGUUUCCAGCAUCGACUUAUGGGUGUUUAUUUUCCAUUUGACAGAGCGUCUAUCGCCUUCUUGCUGGAACCUUGUCAUUUCUGGUCUUUUCCUGCAAAGCACGCACUUGGGGAUGCGCCCUGCAGAGCUAAUGACGUUCGGCGAUCUCUACAGGUUACCAACGGAAUCAAUGUGGCUACUGCAAAUCCGAGAAUGGAAAUCGGGUACCUUGUAUUACAAGCAGAACCUGCAACGGUCAUGCUGUCCACACUAUACGAUGAGGCUGGAAGCCUCAGCCUUCAAGCCUAGACGAGACCAGCGAAAAGCGAUCAAUCGGUGGAACAGAUAUGUCCUGGGCCCCGAAUAUAUCCGGAAAUUGGCGGAGCUAUGUCCCAAGAGUAGAGAGGAGAAAAGGCACCGGAAACAGAACUUUGACCUCCUCACCGCGGUCCACGAGGCCGAAUACGUGAACUUGAAAAGGCCCGUCGACCCCAAGACCAAGCGGGCUAUCGAACCGGCGCACAAGUUUGAGGUCAUAAUAGAAGACGAUUCCAUCUCCCAGCGGAAGUUUGAUGUUUUCGUUAAGUAUCAGGAAGCCAUCCACGGAGAACCCGCAGAUAAAUGGAAAAAUAACGACUUCAAGCGGUUCCUCUGCUCCGGUUUGAAGCGGAACAAGCCCGAAAAGGGUUCUGAUGAGAAGAGACUGGGAUCGUGGCACCAGUUGUAUCGCUUGGAUGGGAGACUCAUCGCGGUUGGCGUUUUGGACCUCUUACCGAACGGUGUGAGCUCUGUCUAUCUCUACUACGAUCCCGAGUUUGGUGAUUUUGAAUUCGGAAAACUCAGUGCGUUACGAGAAAUCGCGUUUGCCAUUGAGAAUAAUUACCAGUAUUAUUACAUGGGAUACUAUAUCCAUUCAUGCCAAAAGAUGCGGUACAAAGCCGAGUUUAGACCACAGUACAUCUUGGGUGAGGACGCCUUCCCGUGCAGAACUGCACAAGAGAGGGAAAUUCUAACCAUUCCAAUUAUACCAGAUCCGGAGAGCCUGACCUGGGAUCCACUCGAUGGCGAACUGUUGAAGAAAUUGGACGAGCGGCCAUAUGUAUCACUUUCUCGUGAUCGAAAGCUUGCCUUGGAAGGUAACCAAGGAGAGGGCACGGCAGCGGCGGAAGAUACCGGCAAGGGUGAUGCGAUGGAGGAAGAUGUAAAUGAGGAGGAGCUGUCCCUUUUCGAAAUCCGCAUGCCGGGCGUUAUGACUGCAGAAGAGGUGGAGACUAAGCUCGACCUGGACCACUGGCUGCUCCUUGUCCAGGGAACUUUGAUCCACACAAGCGACCUUGUCGGGUGGGAAGACGCGGACAUCCGAAACCCACAAUCCGUCAAGGGCAUCGUGGGAGAAUUGGCCGCCAUGCUGGGGCCGGAUCUCGUCAAGGAGACGGCGGUGGUCCUGUUCGAUUGA